CCCCGCGACGUGCACACCCCUCCCCUUCCGCAUUAUAGCAGGCAUCGCCGUACUGGAGGCGGUCCAGCUCAUCCUCCCCUGCUGCCAUGGUCGUGGAUGCUGCGAGUUCGGGUUCUGUGUCGGUCUCAGCCGUGGAAGUGGAAGUCACCGAGAUGAAGCAGAUACGAGGGAACAUGAAAGGCGAUUUCGAGGCCUCCCUGCCCCCCGUACAGGAAGUAUUAGCAAUCCAUUGCCGGGACGUGUGCCGGUCAUAUGGCAAACUGAAAGUCCUCAACAACCUCAAUCUGACUGUACCACAGGGACACAUCUACAGCCUGCUGGGCCCCAGCGGCUGCGGGAAGACCACUCUGCUGAAAUGCAUCGUCGGCACUUUGAAAAUCUCCCGGGGUCACAUUAGCGUGCUGGGGAAGCCGCCUGGGUUUCCUGGUCACAGCGUCCCAGGAAAGAUGGUGGGAUACAUGCCUCAAGAGCUGGCAUUGUACAACGAGUUCAACAUCAGUGACACGCUCACUUUCUUCGGAAGAAUCCACGGGUUGACGUGGAAGGAGACCCAGGCCCGCAUGAACUUCCUCAUUGAGUUUUUGGAUCUACCGCCGAAGCACAGACUGAUUCGGAAUCUCAGUGGCGGGCAGAUGCGAAGAGUGUCUCUUGGGGCGGCGCUUCUCCAGAAUCCAGAGCUGCUCAUUCUGGACGAACCCACAGUGGGAGUGGACCCUGUACUCAGGGCCAAAAUAUGGCAGCAUCUGGUGAACAUUGUGAAGACGGGCAAAGUGUCCGUCGUCAUCACUACGCACUACAUCGAGGAGGCCACGCAAGCUAACAUGGUGGGCCUGAUGAGGAAUGGCUGCUUGUUGGCUGAAGGUCCUCCAGAAGCAGUCAUGAAGCAGCACAGCUCAGCGACCCUGGAGCAUGCCUUCCUACAGCUAUGCGAGACCUCAGACCAGAUGUGCCUGAAGCACAGCUCCGGCUCACAAGAUGGCGUGUUGGGGAACAGCCAAUCAUUCGAUAGCGGGCGUGACGAGAGCCGACCCAUUCUUGCGGUGGGACCGCAGCGGACUGUAGAGGACCUCAAGCGCACAGUGAACUGGAAGGUGCGAGCCAGACACAUGAUGCCCAAGUGGAGGAACAUCGCCGCCCUCACCAUCAAAACCUUAGUGCGGAUGAAGAGGCUGCCGGGCGCCUUAUGUUUCCAGUUCUUGCUGCCCGUCAUCCAGAUCACUCUCAUCUGUUUGUGCGUGGGAGGAGACCCAAAGGGGAUCCAGGUAGCCGUGGUGAACAACGAGACCUCCGCCAACGGUUACAGCCAAUCACUGCUCUCCUUUUUGGAUAACACCAGCGUGCAGCAGGUGAACUUAUCUCAUGAUGAGGCUUUUCGAGGGAUCUACAACGGAGAGUUCUGGGGCAUCAUUGCCUUUGGCAAGAACUUCACCAGCUACCUGACACAGAGGAUGCUCCAGAAGCAGGUGUCCAAGGAUGUGGUGGAUGGAGGAUCAGUGCACAUCUGGCUGGACCAGACGAACAGACAAAUCGCCGUGAUGCUGCAGCAGAAACUGCACAAGGCUUUUCAGGCUUUUGUUGAGGACAAGUUGGGGAGCAUGUCCUACCUGGUUGCCCUGCCUAUACAGUUUGAAGAGCCCAUUUAUGGCAGCCAGAACACCGACUUCACUACAUUUGUGACACCGGGGGCUGUGCUUAGCCUCACUUUCUACUUGGCUGUGGGACUGACGGCCCUCUCCUUUGUGCUGGAAAGGAAAGAGGGGCUUCUGAACAGAUGCUGGGUCGCAGGUGUGAGCUCCUUGGAGACAAUGCUGGCUCACCUCUUUUCUCAGCUGCUGGUCAUCAGCGUCCAGAUCAUCCUAAUGCUGCUCUUCGUCCUGCUUGUCUUCAAGAUACCCAAUGAAGGCUCCUUGUUGCUGAUGGUCACCCUGAUCGUGCUGCAGGGCAUCACCGGCAUCUCCUUUGGCCUCGUCAUCUCCGCCGCCAUCGACAACGAGCAGAGCGCCAACCAGGCCGCGUUGGGGAUCUUCUACCCCAACCUCAUCAUGAGCGGCAUCAUCUGGCCUGUGGAGUGUAUCCCCUAUCCUCUACGCUACCUCAGCAUGGCCCUUCCUCAGACGUACGCCUCAGAAGCCCUGAGAUGUAUCAUGUAUAGAGGUUGGGACCUGAGUCGCAUGAUGGUGUGGCGAGGCUUUGCCGUCACUCUGGGCUGGAACACGUUCUUCCUCAUCCUGGCCACGGUCAUCUUGAAGCUCAGGACGUGACCUCCUCGUCCUCUUUGUCAUCACGGCGAGCUUCAGAAUCAUCAAACACUGAUCUGGGGUGGGGUCAGGGUGAGGGGGCCCUGUCUGUGGACGUGAAGGGAGGGGGUCAGCAGCAAGUGGGUGAUGUUGGAGCUCCUCCCUCAAAAGAAGCUGCAGCCUGCGUAUGUGCGGCGUGUAGAACUACACUCUUGUGUUUCUUUGCUUCUACAUGAAUCUUGUUCUCCCCCCAGAAACAUGGACCAUCCUGUUAGCCCCCCACCACAUGUGCGCAAUAUAUUAUUCCAAGGCGGUCCUAAGCGGUGUUGGAAUAUAUACAGUACAGAUAAGUUUUGUUAUGCAGUAUUUUAGAUUUUCUAUGGAGACAUGUCCAUGUGUAAGCAAGAAAAUGUGAAUGAAAUUUCAGGUGCUGGAUGACAUAUUUAGACGUUCAAGCUAAAGACCAUUGAGUUCCUGUGUCACCUACUUUGAAGAUGCUGGUCAUGGGAAUGAUUUUUGUUACUUUACAUGCAGUAUUCUUGUCUCAUUCCACUUUGCCGGACAGAGUGGACCACGUGGACCUGUCUGAGCACACGUGUUCUGUUUGCACACAGUCGACCGUUUGAUUUCCUCACAUGGAUCUUUCACUAAUAACAUGAAAUAAAAGCACAAAGCUGACACAUUGGGUGUAG